AAGAGCCAAGGGGUGCAGAAGCCCAUGGCUCAGGACAGUGCUCCUUGCCCUGCCUUGUCACCUGCCUUCCUCCCUGCCCUGGGGAGGAGCCCAGUAGGGCUGCUCUUUGCCCCCAGAGGUGAGGCAGGUAUGGGUCCUGGUGCCUUCUGGAGUCUCCUCACCAGAGCCCAGCUUUGCUGUCUCUCAUGAGGCAGCUCGUCCCAUUCUGAGUACCCCCUUGGAGCUUCAGGGAGGGGGCAGUAAUUGGGCAGGUGUGGUGGAGUUGGUAGCAGAGCACAUCACUGAAAUGAGCUCUCCCACAUCCUAACUAGUCCUACAAGUCACAUCUGUGAGUUGAAAAGUAGCACACAAUGAACUCUCUCAGAAAUUGAGUGGUAGCUAGCAGCACCUGCAGUGUGGCAGGCACUGUGUUGCAUUUUUUCACAGAAUCCUCACACCUUUGUAUGAGGUAGCUGCUUCUGUAAAAUAGAACUGCAAAGUAGGCUAAGGGAGGUAAGGUACCACCACCAAGGUCCUGCAGCUAGAUAGUGGAGCCAGGAAACUGAACCAGAUACAUGAGUACCAGAGACCAUAUAAGGGUCCCCCUCCUAGAAGACAGAAGCUCUGGGGUGUUCAGCUACAGGGAGGGGAUGGGGUGAAGCAGGAUGUCUCCUGGGUUGCCUAGGAACUGCAGGGCUUUCCUCUCCCCAUUCUGUUCUUUCUCCUUCAGUCUCCUGGGUGCUGCAGCCUUCAGAGGCUCAGAGUCUGGGCUGCCUCCCCUCCUCAGCCUUUCCAGGGGAUGGGAAGCCCUGAAGUCUGGAGGCGCCUCCUCCUGUGGCCUUUCUAAAAGAGGAGGAAACAUUGAGGGUGGUGGUGGUGGUGAGGCUGUCUGGAGGGGGUGGCCUAUGUUCAGGCACUAGGGAUGAGUAUUCCUAGGGUGAGGUGGUGUUCGUGUGCAAGGGAGGGCAAGUCUGACUUGGUGAGGCUUUGAGCCACAGGCAAUGUUGGCUUCAAGAGGAAAUCUGCUGGAGGGAGGGAGGAGUAGGACUGCAUAAUGGUUGAGAGUCUGGUCUGUAGAGCCGGAUAGACCUGCCUUGGAGUCCCAGUGCUGCCGUUUUCUAGCUGUGUCACCUUGGGUGGAAAUAAAGGCUGGUGAAGGAGCCGGGCCGUGGGGGCAAGGGGCUGCUGUCAAGACAGGCUCAGAGCUCAGCCCAGUUGAUGGACCUGUUCCAGGUCAGAUGGACUCAGGGCCAGUGUACGAUGGGGACUCACGGCAGCUAAGCGCCUCAGGGGCGCCAGUCAAUGGUGCUAGAGAACCUGCUGGACCCAGUUUGCUGGGCACUGGGGGUCCUUGGCGAGCAGAGCAGAAGCCCGACUGGGACGUGACCCCAGGACCAGCUCAUACUGCUCGCCUGGAAGAUGCCCACGAUCUGGUGGCCUUUUCGGCUGUGGCCGAAGCUGUGUCCUCUUACGGAGCCCUUAGCACCCGGCUCUAUGAAACCUUCAACCGUGAGAUGAGUCGCGAAGCUGGGAACAACAGCAGGGGACCCCGGUCAGGGCCCGAGAGCUGCUCUGCUGGCAGCGAAGACCUUGACACGCUGCAGACGGCCCUGGCCCUCGCUCGGCAUGGCAUGAAACCACCCAACUGCAACUGCGAUGGCCCAGAAUGCCCUGACUACCUCGAGUGGCUGGAGGGGAAGAUCAAGUCUGUGGUUGUGGAGGGAGGGGAGGAACGGCCCAGGCUCCCAGGGACUCUGCCUUCUGGUGAGGCUGGUCUUCUGGUGCCAAUCACCAGGCCACUCCUCAGCUCUGAGGUCCCUCAUAUACCUCCUCCUCCGGAGGGCCUGCCCCUGUCCCAGAGUGCCCUGAGUAUCGCCAAGGAAAAAAACAUCAGCCUGCAGACCGCCAUUGCCAUUGAGGCCCUCACACAACUCUCCUCUGCCCUCCCCCAACCUUCUCAUGCCACCUCCCAGGCUUCUUGCCCCCUUCCUGAGGCCUUGUCCCCUCCUGCCCCUUUCAGAUCUCCCCAGUCCUACCUCCGGGCUCCGUCAUGGCCUGUGGUCCCUCCUGAAGAGCACCUAUCCUUUGCUCCCGAUAGCCCUGCCUUCCCUACAGCAACUCCUAGAACAGAGUUUCCUGAAGCCUGGGGCACUGACACCCCACCAGCAACUCCCCGGAGCUCUUGGCCCAUGCCCCGCCCAAGCCCUGAUCCCAUGGCUGAACUGGAGCAGUUGUUGGGCAGCGCCAGUGAUUACAUCCAGUCAGUAUUCAAGCGGCCCGAGGCCCUGCCCAGCAAGCCCAAGGUCAAGGUCGAGGUCCCCUCUUCCUCCCCAUCCCCCAUUCUCCAAAGGGAGGCCCCCACACCGUCCUCAGAGCCCGAUUCCCACCAGAAGGCCCAGACGGCCCUGCAGCAGCACCUCCACCAUAAGCGCAGUCUCUUCCUGGAACAGGCCCACGAUGCCUCCCUCCCCCCUCCCUCAGAGCCUCCUCCCGGCUGGUGGGCACCACCCAGCUCACCUGCCUCACAGCCAUCCGACAGACCACCCAAGGAGAAGAAAAGGAAGCCCCUGGCACCAGCUGGAGGUCUCGUGGGAACAGACAAAGCUGGCCCUGGGAUCAAGCCCAGUGUCCGGAAGUCCAUUCACAUCAAGAAGUCCAGGCCACGGGAAGCACAGCCCCUCUUCCCACCUCUGCGGCAAAUCAUCCUGGAAGGGCUGAGGUCCCCAGCCUCUGAGGACGUGCAGGCACAUCCACCUGCCCCCGUUCCUGCCUCACAGGGCUCUGCUGUCCCCCUGCCCCCAGAACCUUCUCUUGCGCUAUUUGCACCUAGUCCCUCCGGGGACAGCCUGCUGGCCCCUACUCAGGAAAUGAGGUCUCCCAGCCCCAUGGCAACCCUGCAGCCAGGCUCCGCUGGCCCUCUUCCCCCUGCCGAUGACAAGCUGGAAGAGCUCAUCCGGCAGUUUGAGGCUGAAUUUGGGGAUAACUUUGGGCUUCCUGGCCCCCAGUCUGUGCCCAUUCAGGACCCCGAGAACCAGCCAACCUGUCUCCCAGCCCCCGAGAGCCCUUUUGCUACCCGCUCUCCCAAGCAAAUCAAGAUCGAAUCUUCAGGGGCUGUGACUGUGCUCUCAACCACCUGCUUCCAUUCAGAGGAGGGAGGCCAGGAGGCCACACCCACCAAGGCCGAGAACCCACUCACACCCACCCUCAGUGGCUUCCUGGAGUCACCUCUUAAGUACCUGGACACACCCACCAAGAGUCUGCUGGACACACCUGCCAAGAGAGCCCAGGCCGAGUUCCCCACCUGUGAUUGCGUAGAACAAAUAGUGGAGAAAGAUGAAGGUCCGUAUUACACUCAUCUGGGAUCUGGCCCCACGGUAGCCUCCAUCCGGGAACUCAUGGAGGAGCGGUACGGAGAGAAGGGGAAAGCCAUCCGUAUCGAGAAGGUCAUCUACACGGGGAAGGAAGGGAAGAGCUCACGUGGCUGUCCCAUCGCAAAGUGGGUGAUCCGCAGGCACACGCUGGAAGAGAAGCUGCUCUGCCUGGUGCGGCACCGGGCAGGCCACCACUGCCAGAAUGCCGUGAUCGUCAUCCUCAUCCUGGCCUGGGAGGGCAUCCCCCGAAGCCUCGGAGACACCCUCUACCAGGAGCUCACCGAUACCCUCCGGAAGUACGGGAACCCCACCAGCCGGAGAUGUGGCCUCAACGAUGACCGUACCUGCGCUUGCCAAGGCAAAGACCCAAAUACCUGUGGUGCCUCGUUCUCCUUCGGUUGUUCCUGGAGCAUGUACUUCAAUGGCUGCAAAUAUGCUCGGAGCAAGACUCCUCGCAAGUUCCGCCUCGCGGGGGACAACCCCAAAGAGGAAGAAGUGCUCCGGAAGAGUUUCCAGGACCUGGCCACCGAAGUUGCUCCCCUGUAUAAGCGGCUGGCCCCCCAGGCCUAUCAGAACCAGGUGACCAAUGAGGAAAUAGCGAUUGACUGCCGCCUGGGGCUGAAGGAAGGGCGGCCCUUCUCAGGGGUCACGGCCUGCAUGGACUUCUGUGCCCACGCCCACAAGGACCAGCAUAACCUCUACAACGGGUGCACGGUGGUCUGCACCCUGACCAAGGAAGACAAUCGCUGCGUGGGCAAGAUUCCCGAGGAUGAGCAGCUGCACGUACUCCCCUUGUACAAGAUGGCCAACACGGACGAGUUUGGCAGUGAGGAGAACCAGAACGCCAAGGUGGGCAGCGGGGCCAUCCAGGUGCUCACCGCCUUCCCCCGCGAGGUCCGGCGCCUGCCGGAGCCCGCCAAGUCCUGCCGCCAGCGGCAGCUGGAAGCCAGGAAGGCGGCAGCCGAGAAGAAGAAGGUUCAGAAGGAGAAGCUGAGCACUCCUGAGAAGAUCAAGCAGGAGGCCCUGGAGCUGGCUGGCAUCCCCACUGACCCAGGCCUGUCUCUGAAGGGUGGAUUGUCCCGGCAAAGCCUGAAGCCCUCCCUCAAGGUGGAGCCACAGAACCACUUCAGCUCCUUCAAGUACAGCGGCAACGCGGUGGUGGAGAGCUACUCGGUGCUGGGCAGUUGCCGGCCCUCCGACCCGUACAGCGUUAACAGCGUGUACUCCUACCACUCCUACUAUGCACAGCCCGGCCUGGCCUCCGUCAACGGCUUCCACUCCAAGUACGCGCUUCCAUCAUUUGGCUACUAUGGCUUUCCAUCCAGUAACCCCGUCUUCCCCUCUCAGUUCCUGGGUCCUAGCACCUGGGGGCACAGUGGCAGCAACAGCAGUUUUGAGAAGAAGCCAGACCUCCACGCUCUGCACAACAGCCUGAGCCCAGCCUACGGUGGUGCUGAGUUUGCCGAGCUGCCUGGCCAGGCUGUUCCCACAGACACCCACCACCCUGCUCCACACCACCAGCAGCCUGCUUACCCAGGCCCCAAGGAGUACCUGCUUCCAAAGGCCCCCCAGCUCCACCCAGUGUCCAGGGACCCCUCUCCCUUUGUACAGAGCUCCAGUUGCUACAACAGAUCCAUCAAGCAAGAGCCAGUAGAUCCACUGGUCCACACCGAAUCUGUACCCAGAGAGCCCGGCAAGAUGGGCAAAAUGCCUUUGCCCGAGGCGUCUCAGAAUGGGGGACCCAAUCACCUAUGGGGACAGUACUCAGGAGGCCCGAGCGUGUCCCCCAAGAGGACUCACAGUGUGGGUGGCAGCUGGGGUGUGUUCCCUCCUGCAGAGAGCCCUGCUGUUGUCCCCGAUAAGCUUGGUUCUUUGGGGGCUGGCUGCCUGGCCCCUUCCCACUUCCCAGAUGGACAGCAUCAGUGGGGGUUAUUCCCUGGCGAGGGACAGCAGCCAGCCCCGCAGCCCGGAGGACGGCUGCGGGGCAAGCCGUGGAGCCACUGCAAGUUUGCGAACAGCGCCUCGGCCUUGGCUGGGCCCAGCCUAACUGAGAAGCCAUGGGCGGUAGGAGCCGGGGAUUUCAACUCUGCCCUGAAAGGUGGUCCCAGAUUCCAAGACAAGCUGUGGAGCCCCCUGAAAGGGGAGGAGGGAAGGAUUCCAACCCCGGGGGUGAGCCAGCUGGACAAAGCCUGGCAGUCCUUUGGCAUGCCCCUGGGCCCCACUGAGAAGCUAUUUGGGGCCCUGAAGACCGAGGAGAAGCUGUGGGAUCCCUUCGGCCUGGAGGAGGGGACGGCGGAGGAGCCCCCCAGCAAGGGCACAGUCAAGGAGGAGAAGGGCGGCGGAGGCGGCGGCGCUGCUGGGGCAGAGGAGGCAGAGGAGGAGCUGUGGUCCGACAGUGAACACAACUUCCUGGACGAGAAUAUCGGCGGCGUGGCCGUGGCCCCCGCUCACGGCUCCAUCCUCAUCGAGUGUGCCCGGCGGGAGCUGCACGCCACCACACCCCUCAAGAAACCUAACCGCUGCCACCCCACCCGCAUUUCGCUGGUCUUCUACCAGCACAAGAACCUCAACCAGCCCAAUCACGGGCUGGCCCUCUGGGAGGCCAAGAUGAAGCAGCUGGCCGAGAGGGCACGGGCGAGACAGGAGGAGGCCGCCCGGCUGGGCCUGGGCCAGCAGGAGGCCAAGCUGUAUGGGAAGAAGCGCAAGUGGGGGGGUGCCAUGGUCCCCGAGCCCCAACAUAAGGAAAAGAAGGGGCUUGUCCCCACCCGGCAGGCGCUGGCCGUGCCCACGGACUCAGCAGUCACCGUGUCCUCGUACGCCUACACGAAGGUCACGGGCCCCUACAGCCGCUGGAUCUAGGCGCCAGGGUGCCAGGGAGCCAGCGUACCUCAGCGUCGGGCCAGGCCCGAGCUGCCUCUGUGGUGCUUUCGCCCUCACACCUGGGGGCGGGUUGGGGGUGCAGAAGUCUUUUUAUCUAUAUAUACAUAUAUAGAUACGCAUAUAUAUGUAUUUAUGGUCCAAACCUCAGAACUGACCCGCCCCUCCCUUCCCCCCAAUUCCCCAGCACUUUGAAGAAGAAACUACGGCUGUCGGGUGAUUUUUUCGUGAUCUUAAUAUUUAUAUCUCCACGUUGGUUUUUUUCCUCCCUUGUUUGGGGGGACCUUUUAUUUUCUCUUGUUUUUAAAACUCUAUCCUUGUAUAUCACAAUAAUGGAAAGAAAGUUUAUAGUGUCCUUUCACAAAGGAGUAGUUUUAAAUUCCAUUUAAAAUGUG